ACUCCCAAGAAGAAUCAAGUAAAAAAAAACUAUCGAUUAAUGAAUUAAAUUAUAAUUCUGAUUUAUAUUCAGAUGAUUCAGAUUAUACUCAAUCUAACAAUAUAGAAGAAAAUAAUUUUAAUUACAAUAAAAAUUUUAAAUUAGAUAUUGCAAAUGAAAUAAAAGAUAAAGAAUUUAAAAGAACAAACAAAAAUAAUUAUCUUUAUUCAGAAUUUUCACGCUAA